UGUUAUUGCCGUCCAAAUACUAAUGAUGACCUACUACUGUAGGGUAUUAUGAUUUUCAUUUUCCAGGGUACUUGUUUCCUUUUCCAGGGUACUUCGUCUCUCAGCACUUUCAGUUUGCUUUUUUAUUCAGGCAGGAACCAACUGACCACCCACCUGCCCCCACUCCUUCUCUUAUCGAUAUGGAUUAAUGGGUCUGACAGGGCGGUAAAUGCCGGCAGAAUAAUUGAUAUGCGCAUUUUGAGCUUCACAAACUCGGCACCUCAGAACCACCAAACUCACCUCCCUCCCACAUCCUAUCCAGAUGAUUGCUCUCCGUCACGCGUGGGAAAAACCUCUCCUCACACACCGUCUUCUCACGAGGGCGGCGGCCACCGGCGCUGCGGUACGGUUGAGCAAGGAUAUCCUCAAGACCAAGACGCCAACGGCCAAGGAUCUCGCCAAAACGAGGAUAUGGACCACACAGGCCGACCGAGUGAAGGAAAUCAAGGCCGCCAAGAAAGCGCCGAAAGGAAAGGCCAAGGAAAAAGUGAAGAAGCCGCUCGGCGACAAGGCCCGCGUCAACAUCGUCAGCGACGAGCUGUGCGAUGACAUCCUCAAAUACAUUGGCCCGACACUCCAGCGCCACCGCGGCUGCGACCUCGUCGACAUCAAUCCUGGCGCUGGCGUUUGGAGCACUAAGCUCCAUGAGUUCCUCCAACCGCGCUCCCACAUCCUCAUGGAACCCGACGCAGACCUCUACCGGCCCUUUCUCGAACCUCUUCUCCAAAGAUCCAACACGCAGCUGCUGCCACAGUCUGGCAUCCUGUGGAAGGAGCUCAACGAGGCGCUGGGCCACAUCCAGAACCAGACCCCGCGGCCGCAUGACCCCGCCGCCGUGCCGGAGCGCAACGACACCCUCCUCCUGACGGCCAACCUGGCUUUCUACCCCAAGAAGCGCUACCGUAACUUCGACUCGGUGGCGCAGCUCGUCCUAUACCAGCUCAUCAGCAGCAUCCGCAACGGCAACCUCUUCCAGAAAUACGGCCUCGUGCGCAUGCUCAUCUGGACGGGCCCCGACGAGCAGUACAACUUCCUGGCCAAGACCGUCCAGGGCCGCAAGAAGUCGGUGCUCGACGCCGAGUUCGCGUGCGAGUGGCUCGCCGAGGUCGCCAGCCGGGAUAUGAUGCUCGACACCAAGCCCGACGCCCGGUUCGUGCGCGACCGGUGGAUCGACAUCGACAGCACGCGAGACACGAUGGCGAGGAUGAAGGCGAGCGGGCUCGCGAUCCCCGAGGGCCGGAAGCACAGUAUAACGAAGCGGCUCGAGGAGGAAGCCGCCGCCUAUGAUGGGCCGCAAGCAGGCGCGCAGGUGUCGCGCCUGCACCGGCCGUACUUCGCCGAGAUCGAGGCGCUCGAGCAGGCGAGCCGCGACGGCCCCCUUGACGCAAAGAAGCGGGCUCGCCUCUCGUUCUUGCGACACCAGGCUGAGCGCCUUGAGGAGUGUGUCGUGAACUACCAUGACCUCCUAGAGGAGAUGAAGGCGAUUGCUCGGCUGCGCCAGCGCAUCUACGACAGCGACAGCGACGGCGACAAGGCGGCCGCCGAGGCGGAGUUCGCGGCGCGCGACCGGGCGUGGAACGAAAAAGUCGGGGCGUUUGGCAAGAACUUCUCCAUCGACUUCCGGCUCAUCCGCGAUAAUCUGCACGUCUUCCGGCAGGAGCCGUCGGCGUUGCUCUGGGACCGGCGGCCGUACGAGCCGCUGGCGGUGCGGGCGGACGAGUUCUUCCCCAACGCCGAGUGCACGCUGCUCGACAUCCAGCCCAAGGCGAUGCACCCGUUGCUCCGGCAGACCGGGCCCGGCACGUCGCGGGCGGGCGACGCCUUCGAGAUGCUGCAGCGGUCGAUGUUCAGCGCCAGCAACGACCCGAUCAGCCGGUCCGUCGAGCGCAUCUGGCCCGGCGCGGCCGAGGGGAUCCUGCCGAACUGCCCGAGCCUGCGGGACCCAGCGCGGGGCGGGGUGGCGGGGACGGGCCACGGCGAGAUUUGCGCGCGGGCGCUCAACGAGAAGCAGUGGACGGAGCUGCUCGAGGCCUUCAUGGCGUGGCCUUUUCGGCCGACGUACCAGCAGUUGAUCGGGCGGCUGGCGGAUGACUUCGAGCCCGCCGCCGACGACGACAACAACGGGGCCGGCAGCAGCCUUUCGGCAGAGAGCGUCUUGUCAUAGGGGAGAGCGGCGACGGAUCAUACCCGGGGAUGGCUGCGGACGCGGGCAGCCCUCCCUGGCCCCGACUGAAGAAACGUCUACUCCUGAUUUGUACUAUGUAUAUGUAAACCUGUACUAUCUAUGUAAUCUACGUAUAUACUGUAUGUAUGUAUGUAUUGUACGCAUUGUAUGCGCGACACCCAUGGC